AUGCAGUUACAUGCCUUCGCAGACGCUAGUCGACAAGCCAUUGCCGCUGUCAUUUAUGUCAGAGCUACCGACAGCAACGGCAAAAUCACCAGCACCAUUCUCUGCGCGAAGUCAAAGUUAGCCCCAGUUAAGAGCCUGCUCCCGACCACCCAGAGACGAGCGCGGAUGACCAUCCCGAGGCUCGAGCUUCGCGCCACCCUGAUCGCUGCGAUGCUGCUAAAGGACGCCGCCAGCGCACUGUCGAUCCCGCCUAUGGGCUGCCAUCUUUGGAGUGAUUCACAGGUUGACUGGCUCCGUUCAGACGAACCCGUGGGGCAUGACAUUAUCGACAGUUAUGUGGCCCAUGUGCAAGAGAUCUCCACUGGCGUCACUCUGCACCACGUCCCCACGAGCUGCAACCCAGCCGACGUCGCAUCCCGCGGCACCGACUCCACCAAACUUGCACUGCACCCACUCUGGUGGCACGACCCAGUCUGGCUGGUGCAAUCAGCAAACGAAUGGCCUCUCGAGGUCAACGACACUGACCAUCUGGCAUGCCGGCAUGGCAACAACGUUUCUUGCGCUGCGGUGCAGAUUGAGGACGAGCCACUGCAUCCGGAGAAGAGUCACAUCGAUCAGUUUUCGACGCUCGAUUCCUUAUUACGAGCUACCGCACGCGCCAUUCGUCUUCUAAGACGGAGAGACACUGCAUCGCCACUGUCUCCUAUUACAGUGUCCGAGUUCCGCCAGGCCUUCAUCGCUUCCUCCAGGAUUGUGCAACGUCACUUCUUCGCUGAGGAGUUCGCUCAGCUGAGCCAGGGCUAUCCGCUAAAGGGCUGCAGUCGGACGAAAUCUCUUAAGCCCUUCCUCGACGACGACGGGGUAAUCCGAGUCGGGGGCCGACUCGACCGCUCGCUUUACCCUACGACGAGCGGCACCCCAUCCUUCUUCCCGGAUCAUCACACCUCGCUCAGUUGGUAUUACAAUGGGCCCAUGAGCGUUGUAUUCACGGCGGCUUCAGGGCAACCUAUGCUCGAGCACUGCAGAAGGCUUGGAUUACCGGGGCCAAGGUACGAGUCAAGCGGUACCUCCGCAACUGCACUGUUUGCGCCCGACUUUCGGCGAAGACCUUAG